GGGAACCUAUCUGAAGCGCGUCAGAAAAAAGUGACUGAACUCUACGAUAUCUGAAUUAUGCCUCCGACAGGGGAAGUGGUGUUUGGCAGCGAUGUCCGGGUGUGUGCGGAAAACCGCCUGCGCUGGGACCUGACCCCCGAUCAGAUCCGGCAGAUGUCCGACGAGCUGAUCGCCAGGACCAAGCAGGUUUAUGAUACCGUGGGCUCCCUGGACCUGGCCGACGUCACGUACGAGAACACCCUCAAAGUUCUGGCCGACGUGGAGGUGGAGUACACAGUCCAGCGCAACAUGCUGGACUUUCCCCAGCACGUCUCUCCGUCCAAAGAAGUGCGAACAGCCAGCACAGAAGCUGACAAGAAGCUGUCUGAGUUCGAUGUUGAGAUGAGCAUGCGUGAGGACGUGUAUCAGAGGAUCGUUGAGCUCCAGGAGAAGGAAGAUGCCGACACUCUGACUCCCGAGGGGAAACGUUACAUGGAGAGGCUGAUAAAACUAGGCCAGAGAAACGGCCUGCACCUCCCCAAAGAAACACAGGAAGAAAUAAAAACGAUCAAGAAGAAGCUGAGCACCCUGUGCAUCGACUUCAACAAGCACCUGAACGAGGACACCACCUGCCUGUGCUUCGCCCGGGAGGAGCUGGGGGGCCUCCCAGAGGAUUUCCUGAGCUCGCUGGAGAAGGAUGACGAUGGAAAGCUGAAGAUCACGUUGAAGUACCCGCACUACUUCCCCUCUAUGAAAAAGUGUCACAUCCCCGAGACUCGCAGGAAGCUGGAGGAGGCUUUUAACUCCCGCUGCAAAGAGGAGAACUCGAGUAUCCUGAGGGAGCUGGUGGAGCUGCGGGCCAAGAAGUCCAGGCUGCUGGGUUUCAACACCCACGCUGACUUCGUGCUGGAGAUGAACAUGGCAAAGACUGGGAAGAAGGUCUCCCUCUUCCUAGAGGAGCUGGCUCGUAAGCUGAAGAGCCUCGGGGAGGAGGAGCGGGCUGUGAUACUCGCACUGAAAGAGAAGGAGUGCAAGAAGAGGGGUCUGGACUUUGACAAGCAGAUACACGCCUGGGACACCCGGUACUACAUGACCCAGGUGGAGGAGAACCAGUAUGCCGUGGACCAGAACCAGCUGAAGGAGUACUUCCCCAUGGAAGUGGUGACCCAGGGGUUGCUGGACAUCUACCAGGAGCUGCUGGGCCUCUCCUUCGAACUGGUGGAGGGCGCCCCUGUGUGGCAUGAGGAUGUCACACUCUACUGUGUCAAGGACCGCAACACGGGCCACGUCGUCGGGCAGUUCUACCUGGACCUCUUCCCCAGAGAGGGGAAGUUUGGGCACGCCGCCUGCUUCGGUCUGCAGCCCGGCUGUCUCCUGCCUGACGGCACCAGGCAGAUGGCAGUGGCAGCCAUGGUGGCCAACUUCAGUAAGCCCAUGGCCGACGCCCCCUCUCUGCUGCAGCACGAUGAGGUUGAGACCUACUUCCAUGAGUUCGGCCACGUCAUGCACCAGCUAUGCGCUCAGGCAGACUACGCCAUGUUCAGUGGCACCCACGUGGAGCGGGACUUUGUAGAGGCUCCGUCUCAGAUGCUGGAGAACUGGGUUUGGGAGAAGGAGCCGCUGCAGCGGAUGUCCCGCCACUACAGGACUGGCAACCCCAUCCCAGAGGAGCUGCUGGAAAAGCUCAUCAAGUCCCGUCUGGCCAACACCGGGCUCUUCAACCUGAGGCAGAUCGUACUGGCCAAACUGGACCAGGCCCUACACACCGGGACAGUGGUCGACCCAGCAGAGGAGUACGCCAAACUGUGCCAUGAAAUUCUGGGAGUUCCGGCAUCUUCAGGGACCAACAUGCCGGCCACCUUCGGACACCUGGCAGGUGGUUAUGAUGCCCAGUAUUAUGGUUACUUGUGGAGCGAGGUCUUCUCCAUGGACAUGUUCUAUGCACGCUUUAAACAGGAAGGUGUCAUGAACCCCAAGGUGGGCCAGGACUACAGAAACUGCAUCUUGAGGCCGGGCGGCUCUGAGGAUGCAGAGGACAUGCUGAAGAACUUCCUGGGUCGCGAGCCGAAGCAGGAAGCGUUCCUCCUGAGCAAAGGACUAACGGUUGAGCUGGGGGAGAGCAUGCCAUGUGCCUGCUGACCCCUCCCACUCGUACAAAACAUGGCCAGCACCACCCCUGAGUCUGACAGCCAGCAGGGGUCAAAGGUCGAGCAGGGAC